AAAUAGCCAUUUCCAUAUUUGUACAAGAUGACAUCUCUUGUACGAGUAUAUAAACUCGAAAUGCACUGUGCAUUCUUCAGUACUCAACAACUACUCUGUUUAAAGUAACUUAGUAAAGACCUAGUAUUUUCAUUCGCGGUAAAGAGUUGAUUAUUUUCAUUCAGUUCGGUACAACUCUCCGAAAAACAAAGUUUCAUUUUUUCAUUUACUGUGUCAAAAAAACUGAGUUUUAAUUUUUAUUACAAAUGGAUAAUGCCCAGUCACCCCUAUCGGUGUCAAGCAUGUCAGCGGAUGAAGAGGGGUCGCAGUCGCCGAUGUCAUUGCUUUCUUUUGAGGAUCAAUUCCCACCUACACCGCCGGGUUCACCAUCUGCGUCGAUUGUAUGCCAGCCUUCUACGUCAAGAGAGAUGGCUGAUCAAUCGACACUAUAUAGACAACUAGAUGACUCAAUAUUAUUAUGUGAUGAAAAACAGCGAGCUGUUGCUGGAAGCUCCUCUAUGGAUCCUUCUGCUGCUCCUCCUGUGCUUAGAGAACUAGCAUUUUUGACACUAGAUGAUGAUAAACGUAUGCAACUGAUCAUGAAAGACAUUGAUAGCAUAUGCCAGGGGGUGAAGUACCUCCCCUUCCUCAGCUUAACCCGACUGCCUGAAAACGUUCUUUUUACUGUCAGUGACGUAACUAAAAGAUAUAAGGGCAAGGACAACGCGCCAUUUACCGGAAUACACAUAUCUUUAGACAACCAAAUAAGGACGAGCUUGCCAAAACGUAUUGAAGAGCAGUUACUCAAUAACCUGGAAUAUUUCAACAUUUUCUCUAGAACGGCUAAAAUUUUCGAAUACAAGGGUAUAAGGGAGCUGUCGAAUAAGAAGAGUAUGGCCCUUAUUAAAUUCAGGAGUAUUCACCUUAACGGAUGUCUUUGUGACGACUGUACAUCCUGUAACUGUCUCUCAAGGAACUAUGUCGAAUCAGUAAUGUGUGAAUGUUUCAAAACUUUGAAAGUAAACGACGGAGAAAAGAUGAAAAAUGUCAUCACUGCUGUACUACCAAAUAUUUCAAAGAAUUAUAUCAGUACUUUGAUAAAUAAUCUUUGAGUUGUUGCGUUCUGUACAAAUUAAAUUAUGAUUAUUUUUUCAGUCAAGUUGAUUGACUUUUAAUUAUUGGUUACUAAUGUUAUUUGUUAAUUUAUAUCACUAACCCAUACUUAAUUUAUAAAAAAAUUGGUUACUAAUGUUAUUUGUUAAUUUAUAUCACUAACCCAUACUUACCCCCCACUCCACCAGUGACUCAUCCCUUCUUUUUUUUUGCGGUCGUAGUGGGAUGAGUCACAGAGUCCCUAGUGGAUGAUGUAUAUCUCUUACGUACGUGGUGGAUUUAACACCUGGGGGAGGUGUUAUUAUAUAAUUAAGUAUGUACUAUUUUAUUUAUUGUUGUAUGUGAAAAAAAUGAAUAAAUAUAUUAUGGUUCUACUGAAA